AUGAGCAAAUCAGAGUUAAGUGUAUAUGACAUGAAAGCAGAAGACAAACAUAUUGAAAACGUUCUGAUGUCAAGUGGUCCUGAGAAAGGAGAAGCACCUGGAAUAAACUCCAAUGUUGAUGAUUAUAUCUCCAAAUUCUUGGAGAUGUCGGAAGACGCUCGUGCUGACGAUC